ACCGUUGACAGUUUUGUUUGAUAUGGCGACAGGAGACUGGUUACACUUGUGUCUUAUCAGUAGUGGUGUUCUAGCGGCUAAAAUAACAUAAAAAUUGUUUAUGAAUGCGGUAUAGAACUGCAUUACCUAUCAGUUGCAGUAUGAUAAACAUAUUUUAUUGAUAAUAAACCAAAUAUGCCAACUGCAUAUUUCGCUCUUAGUUUACACAGACACAGCGGAUUUAGUGUUAUACCAGUUGUACUUAAAAUCUAAUAUUAAAAACGAAGAUGUGGAAUAUGAUGUGUGACGUUAUGCCAACAAUUUCGGAGGAUAAUAUAUCGCAGAGAUCUUCUCAAUUCAGCGGUGAAGAUGCUAACUUUGAGCAACUUAUGGUAUCUAUGCUGGAUGAACGAGACAAAUUAAUGGAUAGCUUGAGAGAAGCACAAGAGAGGCUUAACGAAACAGAAAGUAAACUACACGACAUCGAAAAAGAGCGCGAUAGUCUUCAUAGACAAAUUGCUGCCAAUUUACCACAGGAAUUUUCAUCUUUAACGAAAGAAUUAACACAAGCGCGUGAGACACUUUUAGAAAGAGAUGAUGAAAUUGGAGAACUGAAAGCCGAAAGGAAUAAUACUCGUUUAUUGCUGGAACAUUUAGAGUGUUUGGUGUCAAGGCAUGAGCGUUCUCUGCGAAUGACAGUCGUGAAACGACAAGCAGCGUCACAGAGUGGUGUUUCCAGUGAAGUUGAAGUUCUGAAAGCACUAAAAAGUCUCUUUGAACAUCAUAAAGCGUUGGAUGAAAAGGUUCGUGAACGUCUUCGGAUUGCGCUGGAGAAAAAUACUGAAUUAGAAGAGGAACUUUCUCAAGUAAAAGAUGAGUUACAACCACAGAAACCAGGAAUAUCAACAGUUCCACUAAAUGAAAACGGGUUAAAUUGCAAGGAAAAUUCCACUAACGGUGAUACAGCAGAUCAUAAAGAUUGCUUAGCAAAAACACAUGAACUACAAAUGAUAAUAGAAAAACAGACUGCGGAAUUAUCACAGUGGCAACGUAGAGUAUCUGAUUUAAACAGUAAAAUUAGCGACCUAGAAGAAAACUUUUCGAAAGUUCAGAAGGAGUUGACAAAAUCACAAGAAUCAUGUGUCAAAAUGCAAAGAGAUUUACGUGAAAACGUUGCUCAGAAAGAAGAUCAAGAGGAACGGAUAGCAACUCUAGAAAAACGAUAUUUAAAUGCACAGCGUGAAUCUACUUCACUCCAUGACCUUAAUGAAAAGUUGGAACAAGAAUUACGUCAUAAAGAAGCUCAACUGAAGUUGCAAGACGGUAAAAUAUCGGCAAUCCAAGAAAAACUUGAAUUGUCGGAGCAAAAACUGGCACAACUUUCAAAACUGCCAGACAUAGAAGAACAGCUGAAAGCUCGUAUGGAAGCACUCGCCCAGGUAGGCGUUAAGGCCCAGGAACGGCACGGUUCCGCAGAAGAUAGAAUAUCCAGAUUAGAAGCAAAUGUUGAAGAAAAGAACGCUGAAAUAUUGCGAUUAAACCAAAGACUGAAAAUGAACGAAGAGCAUAAUCAAAGGUUGUCUUCGACGGUUGAUAAACUUUUAUCCGAGUCCAACGAUCGGCUGCAAGUCCACCUUAAGGAAAGAAUGUCGGCACUAGAAGAAAAAAAUACACUAACACAGGAGUUAGAAAAUGCAAAAAAACACGCAGAGGAACUGAAUCAUGAAAAGUCUGAAAUUAUCAAAGAAAUAUCAAAGAGCAGACUAGAAAUGGAAAACUUCAAAAGACAAUUAUUGCAGCAGGAAAUUGCCUUCAAUAUUCAACAAACGGAAGCUUUAACUAGAAGCCUUUCGCCUACGAAUGUUACUGAAGCAGAUAAUUAUAAUAGAAAUACUUCUCUCACCAGUUUCGAUGCAUUAGGCGUUAUAAGAAACAAGCAACUUUUAGAAGAAGAUCAAUUUUCCAGAUCGUUGACGGAACAAGAUUGGGAGAAAAUUCAAAAAAUUACCAAUUCUAAUAAUUUUGAAGAAGGAUCUAUUGAGAAUGAUGACGCGGAAAGUAUAUUCAGCACAACUGAAAUAAUAUCUCCAAGUGGACAUACCGACGCUCAGACUUUAGCUUUGAUGCUGCAAGAACAGCUGGAUGCUAUAAAUAAUGAGAUAAGGUUGAUACAGGAGGAAAAGCAAUCUACUGAAGCUCGAGCUGAAGAGCUGGAAUCCCGUGUUGGAAGUCUCGAGCAUAUGAAUUUAUUGACCAGAGGGCGUUCAAGAGAAAGACAAAGUCCUCCAUUAAGCGGAACGAGUAGUCCCACCAGUCCUAACCGUGAUUAUUUACAUAAAUAUCAUACGGCGCCCGCAUCUAUGUCACCAGCACAUUUACAUCAAUAUGCGGUUACUUUGAAUCAAGGUCAACUUUCUGAGUCGCUUCCAUCUAGUCAGGUACAGCUAUCGCUCGUUUCGUCGGAAAAAUCUAUGGACGAAUUUCAUACUCGAAAAGAAAUAGCAAGUAGUGACGUCGUGUCUAGCGGUGCAGCAUCCCCUCUAACGGCCCGAUCUUUACGUUUAGAACGCUUUGCGUUAGCAUUGGCACAUAGUCAAGAGGAACUUAGAAGGUGCGGUAACAUUUCUAACUUUGGAGACUCUCCACCCAGUUCACGUCUCGGAAGUCACGAGUCAUUGAAAAAAUAUCAUGCCAUUAGUACAAUAAAUUCGUUACAAACACCUACAUCUGUGACAAGAGAAGCAGUUGUGGCAGCACAUAAAAAGAAAGGGAUUAAGUCAAGUCUGGGCAGGUUGUUUAGUAAAAAGGAAAAGUGUAAAACUGGGAAGGAAUCGUCAUUGCCCGAUGGCUCUAUCAGUAUGGUAUCUAUGAGUGGCCUGUCUUUGAUAAGUGAUAUAGAUUCUAAUUAUGAUACCAUAACCGUAUAUAAACUUCCUGGAAGAACCACGUCUAUAGACUACUGCAGACAAAAGAAAAAGUAA